GUAUAUAUUCUGUCCGUCUUGCUCAGAAUGUCUCGUAGUCUCCAAUCUUCCCUAAAACUACACCACACUACUCUACACAACUUUACAUUACUACAUACUUAACUCCUGCUCCUAUUCUUCUUGCUCUUCCUAUUUUCCCUCCUGCCUGCUCUUGUAACAACACAAUGGACUCCUCCAAACUCUUCACCCCACUCAAGGUGGGCAACAUCCAGCUCGCCCACCGCAUUACCCUCCCCCCAAUGACACGAUUUCGCGUCGACGAAGGCCAUAUUCCCCAAGACCAGGUCGCCGAGUACUACGCGCAGCGCGCCGCGGUCCCCGGCACCCUGCUCAUCACCGAAGCAACGCUCAUCUCGACACGGCCGGGCGUGUAUACGCACGUCCCGGGCCUCUGGAGCAAGGAGCAGAUCGCGCAGUGGCGCAAGGUCACGGACGCCGUGCAUGCCAAGGGCUCCUUCAUCUACAAUCAACUGUGGGCGCUUGGGCGAGUCGCUGACCCCGAGGCUACGAAGAAAGAGCACGGCGGGUCUGAGGGACGGGUGAUUGCGCCGUCCGCUGUGCCGCUUGAUCCAAGUGGGGAGCCUCCCAAGGAGAUGAGCGAGGAGGACAUUGCGGGUGUGAUUCAGGAUUUCGCAACGGCGGCCAAAAACGCUAUCGAGGCUGGGUUCGAUGGCGUUGAGAUCCAUGGCGCGAACGGGUACCUCGUUGACCAGUUCAUCCAAAAGGCCGCGAACAAGCGGAGUGACCGGUGGGGUGGCAGCGUAGAGAACCGUGCGCGCUUCCCACUGGAAGUGAUCCGAGCUGUUGUCGAUGCGAUUGGCGCUGAGCGCACAGCGAUUCGAUACAGCCCGUGGAGCACGUUUCAGGGAAUGGGGGUUGAUCCGGACGAAGAGCAGAUUGCGCAGUUUGCGUACCUCGCAAAGAAGACGGCCGAAUUCAAGCUUGCGUUUGUGCAUCUUGUUGAGGGACGGAUUGCAGGCAAUACCGAGACGGAUGAGAACGGGGGCCGGAACCUGCAUUUCUUCUUUGAUGCGUACGGGCGUGCUGGCCCGAUUAUGGUCGCCGGUGGGUAUGUCGGCGAGACUGCGCGAGAAGCUGCGGAUGUCCAGUACAAGGACUACGAUGUGAUGAUCGCCAUCGGGAGGCCAUGGACCGCGAACCCGGACCUUCCCUUCAAGGUUAAGAAGGGGAUCCCGUUGCGGCCGUAUGAGAGGGAGCACUUCUAUACCGUGCGCAGCCCGAAGGGAUACAUUGAUUACGACUUUAGCGAGGAGUUCAAGGCUGCCACUGGAACUCGGCUGUGA